UUCACGCUCGCAACAGCUGAAAACAGAGAAGCAAACUCGCUAGAGCCUUUUUCACCAGCGCAGGAAGGCUCCCCGUCCCUCUCUCACCCCAGAAGCCCUCCCGUACUCCACUACUCUGGGGGGGUGGCUGUCCCACACCCGUCGGGCGAUGAACAUCGCAAGGAGAAGAGGCUUUUACAGACAGGAGGUGAACAACACGCUCUGGGAGCUGCCCAGGAGAUACACAUCCCUCCACCCGCUGGGCUCCGGGGCCUACGGCUCCGUCUGUUCAGCCAUAGACAAGAAGACGGGGGAGAAAGUGGCCAUCAAGAAGCUGUGCCGCCCGUUCCAGUCAGAGAUCUUUGCCAAGAGGGCCUACAGAGAGCUGAUGCUGCUGAAGCACAUGCAGCAUGAGAAUGUCAUUGGGCUGCUUGAUGUCUUCACCUCCACUGCCUCCUACCAGGGGUUCCAGGACUUCUACCUGGUGAUGCCAUACAUGCGGACAGAUUUACAAAAGAUCAUGGGACAUGAAUUCAGUGAUGAAAAGAUCCAGUACCUGGUCUACCAAAUGCUGAAAGGGCUGAAGUAUAUUCAUUCAGCUGGCAUUGUCCACAGGGACCUGAAGCCAAGUAACCUGGCUGUGAAUGAAGACUGCCAGCUGAAGAUCUUGGAUUUUGGCUUGGCCAGACAGGCUGAUGCUGAGAUGACUGGCUACGUGGUCACACGGUGGUACAGAGCCCCAGAGGUCAUCCUGAACUGGAUGCAUUACAACCAGACAGUGGAUAUCUGGUCUAUUGGCUGUAUCAUGGCAGAAAUGCUGACUGGGAAAACACUCUUUAAAGGAAAAGACUACCUGGAUCAACUGACCCAGAUCCUGAAAGUAACAGGGCAUCCAGGAGAGGACUUCUUGGAGAAGCUGGAGGACAAAGCGGCAAAGAGUUAUAUCAAGUCCCUUCCUAAAAUCCCCAAGAAGGAUUUGUCUGUGCUUUUCCCUAAAGCCAAUCCUCAGGCUGUGGACCUGCUUGACAAGAUGUUGCAGCUGGAUGUGGAAAAGCGCCUUACAGCAACAGAGGCCUUGGCUCACCCCUACUUCGACCAGUUCCGAGAUAUCGAGGAGGAGACAGAGGCACAACACUCCUAUGAUGAUUCUCUGGAACAUGAAAAGCUUUCCAUAGAGGAGUGGAAAAAGCACAUUUACAAGGAGAUCUUGACCUUCAGUCCCAUUGCACGGAAGGAUUCAAAGAAGAGAAGUGGGAUGUCAUUAUAGCGACAGCUGAGAGAAACAAGACAUGAAAGAUUGAAUGAAGACCAGAAUAGCCACUACUAAUUUGCUUUCCCCCCAAAAGGAUGGACACUCACUGCACUAAUUGUACUUAUCAUGGAAUCAUUCAGGUUGGAAAAGGUCAUUAAGAUCAUCAAGUCUAAAUCUACACUGAAAAUGUCACUGUUUCCAGGUGAAUGUGGUUUAGGGGAUGUUUUUGCCUGAUUUCUGUCUACAAGGCCAUUUUCUGAGCACAUGAGCUUACACAGCUUUUAAUGUGAUGUUCAGCUGGUGCUGGCUCACAGCUGAUUCAGUCAGCUCUCCUUUUUUGUUGGAAUGCACUCCAUUAAAUAAUACUGAAGGGUUAGUAUAUUUGCAACCCUCAUUGAUUUGCUGUUACAUGAAAGUGAGUUAACUUCUUUUAGCCAGGUUUGGCUGGAAAAAUAAAAGUUCCCUGCCAUAAACCAUAAUUUCAGAUCUGUCUUCAGAAUACUUCAACCGAAAAAAAAAUGUUUUAAAAUUAGAGGACACUGAGAUUAAAUAAUAAGGACCACUGAGGAGGUAGUGCUGGGUACUUGUGUAACCUCUCUGAUGUUAUUGAGGCUGAAGAGGGUUAUAAAUAUGUAUAUAAAAUUCCACUGAAAAUACAUGGCAAAUGAGGCUUAUCACUUUUGAGAUAUCAGGUUUUAACCUUUAAUGCUCAAGGGACCUGUUUAGCAAUUGCUCUGAUUUCGACAAUUCUAAAGAAAACAGCAGCAGAACAAACAGCCAAAGAGAGAUACAAACAUAAGUCAGUUUUGAGGCUUAAUAAAUCAACAAAGAAAAAGGUCAGCUCUCAAUUCCAAAUGGUACUUCUCUUCCCUUUUAAAGUAUGUCUUAUAUGCUUGACUAAACAUGGAGAAAAUUGUAAUAUGAAUGAAGGUGCCCAACUCUGUUUGAGGUGUCUUGGCUGCUGCCUUCAUUUGGAGCAAAUAAUUUUGCACUUGCACCCUUUAAAAACUGGGACAGCAAAGAAAUUGAAUUAAGCUGUGCCUCUGGGAUUUGAGAGUUCAGAACGUUUUCUCAAAUAACACGUUAGUUCCACAGCUUUGAUAUAAAACAAAAUGAUGAAUAACUUGUUUUGAUGUUGUAACACACGGCCCUCAGUCAUCAGAGAUGUCUGGACAUCUCUGUGCACAAAUCAUCCCACUGUUCUUAAUAGGGAACCUAAUAUUAUAAUAAGCUAAUUCCAGUGCAAAUUUGAGCAUAAAGUUUCAAAACUGAGGUCAAAAAUUAAAGAGUUUGCAGAAGUUGGACCUAUAAAAAAAAAUCAAGCAAAACCCAGUUAAAAUUCCCACAUAAAGAAGGAAAAUCACAGAAUGGUCUGGGCUAGAAGGGAUUUAACAUCUGUUUGCAGUCCCCUGCUGUGGGACACCUUUCACUAGAGUAGGUUCUCAGAGCUCCAUCCAACCUAUCCUUGAACAAUUCCAGGAAUGUGGCAACCACAGCUUCCCUGGACAACCUGUUCCAGUGCCUCACCAGCAUCACAGAGGAUUUUUUUCCUAUUACUCAAUCUAAACCUCCUCUCUUUUAGUUUGAAACCAUUCCCCCUUGCCCUGUCCCUCCAUGCUCUUGUAAAAGUCUCUCCUCACCCUUACUGUAGGCUCCUUUCAGGUACUGAAGGGCUGCAAUUAGGUCACCCCAAAGCUUCUCUUUACCAGGCUGAACAAACCCAGUUCUCUCAGCCUUUGAAGUCGCCCAUCAAUUAUUGAAAUUAUUUUAUUUACUGUUUAACUAGGAAGCAAAUGCAGCUGUAGGUUGUUUUAGGGUUUGUUUUAUCCUUCGUGGCUAGGACCAUACGGUUACACAGCUGCUCUUUUGAGGGUGAGAUCCUUUGUAAAUCAGUGAGAGUAUUGGGACUUUAUUUCUAAAUCCUUGAUAUGUUAUUUUUCAUACAAGAAUAGCUUAUUAUUUAUUUUCAAGUUUUGAUAUGUAAAUAGCAGACCUGUAAAAAAGUAUACCCCAUAAAUACACAGUGUAUACUUCAAAGGUGGUAUGUAAAGACUGUUCAGCAGUAAGUAACAUCUUUCUCUUUGCUUUUAAAGCUGCAGCAAGCUCUGGUCCAACCUGAGUACUUUGCAAAACAGACUGUCACAGACUAGAUGCUCUCAGAUUCCAUGGUUAACAUACGUUAAGAGACAAAAGAUCUCCAGCUGGACUGUAAAUGAGGGAAAACAACAUUCUUUGCUUCUUUCUAAAACAGUUAAUUCUAUAAAUUCAGAUGGUGAUAUUAUGCAAUACUCUGCACAGAGUGGGAGGUGGAACACACAUAUGCUCAAGUAUGUGCCAUGCUCUAUAAAAAGUAAGUGUGGGAGCCUCUGCAAUUCCUAUCUCAAUUCUUAUCUCUGUUGCUAACUUCACUUCUUCCUCGUUCAAAUACCCUCAGUCCCUCUCUCACUGUCCCUCACAUCUCUGCAUGUGAAGAGGCCAUAUGGACCUGAAAUAUUGGACUACAAAAUAAAUACAGGCUCUUGCUAUUUA